AUGCGGGAAAUCAGUGAUCCAGGGAAGGCCACCGCGCAACCCGUCAGCGGCGGUCCCUGCGGGAGGGCUCGGUGCAGCCGGGGCUGUGCCUGUGACCGCCCGCGCAUCCCGCUCCCGGCGCAUCCCUGUCCCGGCGCAUCCCUGUCCCGGCGCAUCCCGCUCCCGCCGCUCCCCCGCGCAUCCCCGCGCACACGCCGCCCCGACACCUUUUCCCCCCAACACCCUCCCAGGCCGUCUCUUCGCCCACCGGGCCGGUCCCUCCGGCACCGCCCGUCCCCGGGGCUGGAUCCCCCCGGCCGCCGCCCCCGCUCCCCCGCGGAGCCGCGGGAGGGAGCGCCGGGCCGGGCCGGGCGGGCGCGGGGGCGAAGGGCGGGAGGCUGUGACAGCGCCGUUCAGCACGAAGGCCAGCGCCCGCCGCCAUCUUCCGCCGGCCCGGCGCCUCAGCCAGCGCUGCCGCUCGGGGCCGGGCCCGCAGCGCGCCCUGCCCCGCUCUCCGCAGAGCCGCCGCCUCGCUGCACGGGCAUCCCCGGGCACGACAUCCCCGGGCAUGGCAUCCCCGGGCACGGGCAUCCCCCCGGGCGGGAGCUCGGGCCGGGGGCCGUCGCCUUCCCGCAGAGCGGGGCCAGCCGGCGGCCCCUCGCCUUCCCCUCUUGCAAAGCUUUCCGGGCUGGUUACCCUUUCCCUACUGCUCCUCCUGUGGACCCAUUUGCAAAAAUCAGAGUGGAUGACUGUGGAAAAACCAAGGGAUGCUUCAGGUAUGGUAAACCUGGAUGCAAUGCGGAGACUUGUGACUACUUCCUAAGUUACCGCAGAAUUGGAGCUGAUGUUGAAUUUGAGCUGAGUGCUGACACAGAUGGCUGGGUGGCAGUGGGAUUUUCCUCAGACAAGAAAAUGGGGGGAGAUGAUGUUAUGGCUUGUGUUCAUGAUGAUAACGGAAGAGUCCGAAUACAGCACUUCUAUAAUGUUGGUCAGUGGGCUAAAGAAAUCCAGAGAAAUCCUGCUAGAGAUGAGGAAGGGGUUUUUGAAAACAAUCGUGUCACGUGUCGAUUCAAGCGUCCUGUCUAUGUUCCCCGAGAAGAAACCAUCGUAGAUUUGCACUUGAGUUGGUACUACCUGUUUGCUUGGGGCCCAGCAAUCCAGGGUUCUAUAACUCGUCAUGAUAUCGACUCUCCACCCGUGUCAGAGCGUGUUGUCAGUAUUUACAAGUACGAAGAUAUUUUCAUGCCUUCGGCUGCCUAUCAGACCUUCUCUUCUCCAUUCUGCUUGCUCCUCAUUGUUGCACUGACCUUCUAUUUAUUGAUGGGAACGCCAUGACCAGUGGAAAAUAGCAAGAAUUUGGCAGUGGAAGUUUCUCAGGAUGGACGGCUAUAUGGAUGGACAAUGCAUUUUUCUUUUG